GGGUGGGCCACACUAGUGCACCUGUGAGCAGCUCGGGUUAUGUAUGAUUUUGCUGCUGAACCUGGAAAUAACGAACUGACGGUUAAUGAAGGAGAAAUCAUCACAAUUACAAAUCCGGAUGUUGGUGGAGGAUGGCUAGAAGGAAGAAACAGCAAAGGAGAACGAGGGCUUGUUCCCACAGACUAUGUCGAAAUUUUGCCCAAUGAUGGAAAAGACCCAUUUUCUUGUGGAAAUUCAGUGGCCGACCAAGCCUUCCUCGAUUCUCUCUCAGCGAGUGCCGCUCAGGCCAGUUCAUCAGCUGCCAACAGUAAUAACCAGGUCAGCAGUGGCAAUGACCCCUGGUCAGCCUGGAGUUCUUCCAAAUCUGGAAACUGGGACAGCACAGAUGGCUGGGGAGCCAAGCCAGAGGGGGCCGCGGCCCAAAGAAACACCUCCAAUAACUGGGACACUGCCUUUGGUCACCCCCAGGCCUACCAAGGACCAGCAACCGCGGGUGAUGACGAUGACUGGGACGAAGACUGGGACGAUCCCAAGGCGGCCGCCCCCUACUUCAAGGAUUCAGAGUCAGCAGAGGCAGGGGCUGCUCAGCGAGGCAACAGCCGGGCUGGUUCCUCCUCUAUGAAGCUGCCACUUAACAAAUUUCCCGGAUUUGCAAAACCUGGUAUGGAACAGUAUUUGUUGGCCAAGCAACUAGCAAAACCCAAAGAGAAAAUUCCUAUCAUUGUUGGAGAUUAUGGCCCAAUGUGGGUUUAUCCUACCUCUACGUUUGACUGUGUGGUAGCAGAUCCCAGGAAAGGCUCCAAAAUGUAUGGUCUGAAGAGCUACAUUGAAUAUCAGCUAACACCUACUAACACUAAUCGAUCUGUAAACCACAGGUAUAAGCACUUUGACUGGUUAUAUGAGCGUCUCCUGGUUAAGUUUGGGUCAGCCAUUCCAAUCCCCUCUCUUCCGGAUAAACAAGUCACAGGUCGCUUUGAAGAAGAAUUUAUCAAGAUGCGCAUGGAGAGACUUCAGGCAUGGGUGACCAGGAUGUGUCGUCACCCAGUCAUCUCAGAAAGUGAGGUUUUCCAGCAGUUUCUAAAUUUCCGAGAUGAAAAGGAAUGGAAAACUGGGAAGAGGAAGGCUGAGAAAGACGAGCUGGUAGGAGUUAUGAUCUUUUCCACCAUGGAACCAGAGGCCCCUGACUUGGACUUACUAGAAAUAGAACAGAAGUGUGAUGCUGUCGGUAAAUUCACCAAAGCCAUGGAUGAUGGUGUGAAGGAGCUACUGACCGUGGGCCAGGAGCACUGGAAACGGUGCACAGGACCAUUACCCAAGGAGUAUCAGAAGAUAGGAAAGGCUCUGCAGAGCUUAGCAACAGUGUUUAGUUCCAGCGGUUAUCAAGGCGAAACGGAUCUCAAUGCUGCGAUAACAGAAGCAGGAAAGACUUACGAAGAAAUUGCCGGCCUUGUGGCAGAACAGCCAAAGAAGGAUCUCCAUUUCCUCAUGGAAUGCAAUCAUGAAUAUAAAGGUUUCCUUGGCUGCUUCCCUGAUAUUAUUGGCGCCCAUAAGGCAGCGAUAGAAAAAGUGAAAGAAAGUGACAAACUGGUGGCAACUAGUAAGAUCACCCCACAGGACAAACAGAACAUGGUGAAGCGAGUUGGUACCAUGUCUUACGCGUUGCAAGAUUGCAGAGAAGCUGAGGCAGGCCCUCGGCCGCUUCCCAGUGAUGUAGGACAGAACAGCACCCGAAGCGAACUCCCAAGCGCUUCUUUCCGACCUGGGGCAGCGCAGUGUGAUGUUUCUCCCCUGUCGUCAAAAUCAAAAAGGAAGGAAGGAAACCAAAAAGAAAGAGAGUUGCAAAAAACUGCAUCUACUUUAUUAACCAACUGAAACGCACCGGUUACUUAGGGAUAGUCUUGUUUUGUUCAUUUCCACAUCCGUUAUUAAAACGAUGGAAAUCGUCUCUAUUUUUGGAAAGUACUUAAAGUUAUCAGAAUUUUGAACAGAAGAUUAGGGGUUUCCCCCACCGAUAUUUUACAUAAAACUGUAAUUUUUACGUCACCCACGAUCUUCUGGUUCUUACCCAAUGUCAGGUAAUUACUAAUUGCUUUCUUAAAAAUAUGAAGUAUGCCAGAAUAAAAUAUAUAUAUGUUCGUAUAUUUUUAUAACUCUUUUCAGUCCUUUGGGAUUCCUGUCUAUUUAGGAAAACCUACAUGCCUUUCACUGACAUAUUUAUGACUCGGGCGCUCAUGUCUUCGGGAGAGAGGAAGCAAAGAGGGGCUCCUGGGGCGGCCGGCCCCCUUGCGUACAGCUCGGUGGUGGCCCGUGGUCCCAUCAGAGCACUGGGCAGAAACUGAGGAUCAGAUUGACGUGCACCCACUUCCCUCAGGACCAUUUCGAGUGUCCCCUCCUUGGGGAGGGCUCGCUCUCCUGGCACUCCCUUCCUCAGCUUGGUUAGGGCAUGGUUCUUGCCAGAAAGACUAUGUUGAGAAAGUUGGGGAUGUUUCUAAAAUCAUCCGACCCGGCUCCUCUGCUCCCAAUGGUGGAGCCGCCCUGCGGACUCCUGUGCUCGGGCGGGGCGGGGGGGGGGGGGGGGACACACCCUCUCCCCCAGAGCUUUCACCUCGAAUCUGAGCCGACAGUGGCUCAGUCCGGCCGCAUGAGAAACGUGUGAGAGCGUGAUUUGCCACUUGAUUUGGAUGGCAGACUAGCGGGCCGAGGGUAUUCUCUGGAAAAAAUGAAAACACAGCUUAGUAGACCUCUCCAUCCGCACCACAUCGAAAAGUCUGGGGACCCAUAAGGGUGACAACCUGAAUAAUACACAGUAACCCCCGGAGCUUUUAUGUUUAAGGAGUACAGAGCGAAAGUCUCCCUAAACUUCAGACAGAAUUUUUCUGAUCACUAGGACUCCAGUUAAUGGCAUAAAGCAAAACAUAAUCUUUCUAGACUGUCAGCUUUAAAUCUGAACACUCACAGACACUAUCUUCCUCCUGCAGACGAGCAUGUCUGUCCUCCACAGUUGCCUUACUGCGUUAUCUCCACUGCUUUCGUUCUCCUGACCUGAUGAUUCUAGCAUAGAAAAGGAAAGUUUUGGGCCAGCACAAAUGAAAUGAAACCAAAAAAUAAGUAGAAGAGGAAAUCAAAUGAACAUGAAUAUGAGAAUUUCUUGUUCCUUAAUAUCACGGGUUUUGUUAAUGUUUUAUAAGUAAUUUUCCCUAUUUGAUUUUUCUUUUAUAAAAUCUCAUAGAACAAUGUUUAUGAUACAGCCAUUUAAUAUAUGUACAAAUUGUAAAGAAUAUGUAUAAAUGUUUUACACAAAUGUAAGAGCAUGUAGAAGCCAACAUAUAAAUAAAUUGUUGAAAACUGUACAGUAAAUUCUGAAAGCACAUUUUCAAAACA